AUGCACGUUCUCUCGACCAUCCUGCCCGCUCUGGGCUUGGCUUCUCUGGUCUCGGCCAAGUACAGCCUGCAUGAAGAUUAUGGCACCAACGGUAGCUUCUUCGACAAGUUCAACUUUUUCACCGACUCUGAUCCCACCAACGGAUACGUAAACUAUGUCAACCGCAACGUCGCCCAAAGCAAUGGUCUCAUCAACGCCUCUUCCAGCAAUGGUGUGUACAUCGGAGUGGACCACAGCAACACCGCCAGCAAGCCUGGUCGCAAGAGUGUCCGCCUCGAAAGCUCCAACACAUACCAGCACGGCCUCGUCAUCCUCGAUCUUGCCCACAUGCCUGGUAGCGUGUGCGGCAGCUGGCCAGCAUUCUGGAUGCUAGGCUCGAACUGGCCCAAGAACGGAGAAAUCGACAUCCUCGAAGGUGUCAACGAGCAAUCCCAGAACCAAAUGACCCUGCACACCAGCGAUGGAUGUUCCAUCCAAAACACCGGUUUCAGUGGUCACCUCGACACGGACAACUGCUACGUGGACGCUGAUGGCCAGAGUGCUAACGCCGGUUGCGCCAUCAUGAGCUCCGACACCAAGUCUUUCGGAAGUGGAUUCAACGAUGCCGGCGGUGGUGUCUACGCGACUGAAUGGACUGGCUCCGCCAUCUCGGUUUGGUUCUUCCCUUCCAGCUCUAUCCCCAGUGAUAUCUCCUCCGGAAGCCCCGACCCAAGCGGCUGGGGAACCCCCGCUGCCAAAUUCGCCGGCAGCUGCGACAUCGACGAGCACUUCAAGGAUCUCCAAAUCGUCUUCGACAUUACCUUCUGCGGCGACUGGGCCGGCGAAGACAGCGUCUGGUCAUCCUCGUCCUGCUCGAGCAAGGCGAGCACUUGCAACGAUUGGGUCCAGAACAACCCUUCCGCCUUCGAAGACACAUACUGGCGUCUGAACUCUCUCAAGGUCUACCAGGAGUCGAGCUCCGGACUUGAUAUCGGCGUUGACGUCGAUCUCGAUCUUGAUGUGAACAUCGGCAGCACCAAGCGGAACCCACCUUACAUCCGCCCCGGACCUCGUCCUCAGCACCAUCGCGGUCGUCGCCACGGACACCGUCAUGCCUAG